ACCAGCUCGCGUCUUCCUAUUUCCCGACCGCGUACUUAUCCUCUUACUCUCCAUCCCCAAUGACAAAAUAAACGCUUUCACCUCCACAAUCACAAUACAAGUAUAUUAUUUGCCUUAAAAUAUCGUGACCUUUGUGCAAAUCACUUGGAAAUCAUGGCGGAACUGCUACCAGCCGCUCAAGCGGCGCGAUUGCCGCUGCGGCAUCAGGACUACAUGUCCAGCAGCACUCUGACCUUGACCUUGAUCUCAAACACCACUUCCAUCAGCUGUAGCCCCAACGUCGGGGUGAUCACCCUGUGAAAUCACCAGGACAUCAAAGUCUCUUGAUAGAACAAGAGGCGGGGUGUCGGAUUUGAUCGAUCCCACCGAGGAGUCGAUUUGACCAACCCUUUUUUAUUUCUUUAUAUCAGUCCAAAAAUAACAUACUACCGUCGAUUUCGAGAUUCCUUUGGGAGGAGCUCUGGCCGAGAAAAUUUCAGUCUUGUCUCAGUGACGAGUCUGCUAUCAAGAUAGUCUACCAGGAUUGUAGUCUGGAAAAACCAACCUAUUCUCAUCACUCACCUAUCUACCUGUUCAGUUGUACCCAUUUCUCUGCUCUUUUCUCCGAUCUCCGAACGGAAACGCAUUUGUUCCCGACCAAACAAAAGUAAACCUUCAACGGAUAUCAGCUAGUUAUCAUGGCGACGCUCAGCAUGAUGACCAGGGCAUCACGUGCCCAAGAGCCUACUUUUGAGUCUACCUCUGGCUCUGAUCCGCAACUGCUUUCCCAACUCGACCUUGAAGAUGAUGGAGACGACGAAUUCGCGGAUGAAUCUGUCGUCAACACGCACCUGGCUGCUGUUCCAGGAGAGCUAGCGCUCGAGAUUUUCGAGAAUCUGGAUUUGACAAGUGUUUUUUCCCUAUCGGCGACUUGCAGGCGGUUCCACCAGCUCUACAUGGCCAACAAGAGCCAAAUAGUCUUUACAGUAUUGGAAACAGACCCGCAUUUUGGCCCCUCGGACGGUCUGUUUCGCGCCUUGGCUAUGUCACCCACGGAUCUGGAGGUUCCCUGGCGUACUUGGCUCCCCAAGGAAAUCGUGUUUCGGCGCAGGGUACUCUGCAGAGGUGCGGCGCUGCCGACGCAUGUUCCUGGCGAACGCGUUUCGGUUCUUGGCCGUGAGGAUGAUUCUGCCCCGGCCGUGACCGUGAGACUUGAGGAUGCCGAUGCUGAUCACGCCAUCGAGGUCUGCAAGCUGAUCAGAGGAUGGGAACGCAUCUUUCCAUACUACCGCUUUAUGAAAAAUCCCGAGUGCCUCAGGUUGCUCAACGCCAAUGAAGAGAGACGCCUUCGCGCUGCGCUGUACACGUGGAUGAGGUACCACUUCUACUUUCACAGCGAUCUGCGCCGACCCAGGGACUCGUUGAUCAUGCGCACGAACAUGCUCAGGAUGCUUGACAGCGGGGAGCUGACGGAUUUGGAGGACCUGUGGAGGACGGUCAGAUCGUUGGUGGAGUGUCUUUGUCCUAGUAUGGAAGCUGUGCUUUUCGAUGCUGGCCCGGACGUCUCGGUCGAGGAGGCUGGAAGGGUGGCAUGGGGCUGUACGCGACACUGGGAGAUUGUGUCGACUAUGAUGAAGUUGGGCCCAGACAAGCUUCUAUAUUACGUCAAGAACUGGCACCUGUACACCAAGGCGCGGCUAAUUGACGAAAUACGACGCGAGCGGCCGGGGAUGGAGGCGCAGAUAGAGAGCCUGUCGCAGUCGAUUCACGUCGUCAUGCGCAUGUACAUGGCGCCCAACCACGCGGAGGAUCGGUCCUCGGCGGGUAUCCUAGAUUGGGAGGAGGGGCGGGAACCAGCGCGGCCGUGGUUUAGAGCCGGCGGUCACGGUAUCCUCUGGCGGACUGAAGAGGAUCCGGGCGAUCAUGGGCUUGACGAUGCGGCGUUAUUGUGGGUUGGGACGCUGACUGAGUGACGGGGUGUAAUGUGGUGGUCAGUCUUGAAGAGCCGGAAUUACACUAUUGUCUUUCAUUUGGGAGAGGGAGAUAGAUGGUACAAGGCUGUCUAAGAUUCGGGGCUGUGUUGUUGCUAUAAUACUUUUUUGGCUCAUAGCUUGCUUAGUAUAUUCCUAUUUCACUCACAUUUUAGCUGA